CAGGGAAAUGCCGCCUUUAAGGCGGGGGAUUAUGCGACAGCCGUUGGACACUAUUCUUCUGCCAUUGUGAACGACCGGAAGGAUUACACACUGCCUUUGAAUCGUGCUGCUGCGUACCUCAAGUUAGGCAAGUUCGAUGACGCCGAAAGAGAUUGCACAGCCGUUCUUUCUCUGAAUGCGUCCAAUGCCAAAGCUUUCUUUCGCAGAUCACAGGCCCGCGUCGGCAUAGGAAAGCUGAAGGAGGCUGAAAAUGAUCUCAGAGCUGCGGCAAAGCUGGAGCCCUCAAAUACGUCUAUUACUCAGGAAAUAGCAAAGGUCACGGAUGCCAUAAAACGCACGACUAUAUCCAAUCCCAUCGAUGUUACACAGAACGCAAAAUCAAAGCGCCGUAGAAUUCCGAUAACUAUUGUUGAUGAUACGAUUGACACGUCGUCCGCUUCUGCGACCUCUUCUAUAUCGGAAAAGAUUGAACCCACUGCGCGGCCGACACCGACGAAACGAGUGGAAAUACAACCAAAACAGGCCCCGAAAGAGGAAAAUACAUCGACUCCCCAAGCGACAUUCAAAGAAGCAAAACGGAGCCGAGACGAUGUGAAGACUAGCCGCGUAGGUGGGGGUAUUUUCAGAAGCAACGGCCCAAAUACGAUAUUCCCCACGAAACAAGUAACUAUACCUAAAUCCGACGUAACGGCUGCCCCUCCCCCUCCUGUAAAGCAUGAUGUUCCUGCUUCCACAUCCCCGAAAGCACUUUCAGUCCCAGCGCCCACAACCUUAUACGACUUAACAAAAGCUUGGGAUGUGCAUCGGUCAAGUGAGGAGCGAUUUCAAAUCAUCACGAAUGUGCCUUCAGCGCAACUACCAGCGUUCUUCAAGACGUCGCUGGAACCCAGCUUAUUGGCAUCCAUCCUUGAAAUAUUUCUGAAUGUCUCUAACGAAGAAAGGAAUACCUCGAUUGUUGUUGAAUAUCUAGAAGCUCUGUCAAAAGUUCCCAGACUUGGCACGAUGAUACUGUUUCUGAGUGAAGGAGAACGUAUGGUGCUGCGGAGGUUAGUAGAGAGGGUAGGCGUAGAUAAAGUGGACGCGGUGUGGCGAAAAGCGUAA